CCGCAGCAGAAUCGUCAGAAUCUCAAGUCUCGUACCACGAAAUACCAUGAGAUACCACGAGAUACGGCCGGUACUGCCACCGCCCAGGAAGUCUGGCCUCUAUCGUCUCCCUCCACCUCCCCCGAGUCAUCAAAUAUUCUCCCCCGUCCUCCAUCGGAAAAUCUUCUUGCUUCCAUCCUCUCUUUCUUCUGGCUGCUGCAAUUUUGCAAUAGCUAGCUUUGUCUCUCUCACCUAUCUCCUGACAUUCACGCCGUUGCGCCCCUUUGAAUCACAAUGGCCGAGAUCCGUCGCAAGCUCGUCAUCGUUGGCGAUGGUGCCUGCGGUAAGACCUGUCUGCUCAUCGUUUUCUCGAAGGGCACUUUCCCUGAGGUGUACGUCCCCACCGUUUUCGAGAACUACGUCGCCGAUGUCGAGGUCGAUGGCAAGCACGUUGAGCUCGCUCUUUGGGAUACUGCUGGCCAAGAAGAUUACGACCGUCUCCGUCCCUUGUCAUACCCCGAUUCCCACGUUAUCCUGAUCUGCUUCGCCGUCGACUCUCCCGAUUCGCUCGACAACGUCCAGGAGAAGUGGAUUUCCGAGGUUCUCCACUUCUGCCAGGGCCUCCCUAUUAUUCUGGUUGGCUGCAAGAAGGAUCUGCGUCACGACCCCAAGACCAUCGAGGAGCUGCACAAGACCUCCCAGAGCCCCGUCACUGCCGAGCAGGGUGAGGAGGUUCGUAAGAAGAUUGGUGCUUACAAGUACCUUGAGUGCUCUGCUCGUACCAACGAGGGUGUCCGUGAGGUCUUUGAGGCCGCUACUCGUGCUGCCCUCCUGAAGGUCGGCAAGAGCAAGCCCGGCAAGAAGAGCAAGUGCUCGAUUCUGUAAACUACCCCCGGCUGUCCAGCGCUCCGGUUCGAGCGAAACGACAGCGACCAACAGCUGAGAUUGGGGACCAAUUUGGAUAAUUCUGAUUCCCCCUGGAGACAUUAAAAGAGGCUCGAGGAGGGGGGAAAGCUGCUGGAACCCGCAUGCGAUAAUCGUGGACAGUGUCAAAUUUGGGCCAUCCUGAAGUCAUGCAAUAUUUUCCCCUUUUGUUGUCGUCUCCGCCCCAUUUUGUGUGUUUCCUCCCCCAAUUCCCAUCCCGCAAUCUCUUCUGCCCGUUGGUUGCCGACUUCUUGUGUUUCUCCUCCUUUUUUGCCUUGAUUUUGCAGAAUUUGUCUAGGGAGGCGUUGUCUUCAUAACCCUGUGGGCUUUUUCUUCUCUUGUUCCUGUCCCGUCUUCGUCUUGCCCCUCGCCCCCACGCCCUAUUUACCCUCUAUUUUCUUUCAAUCCGACUCCAUGGAAUCUGGAUCCCAAUGACAAAGUGCCUCAAUCUACACUUGUGGCAGUAUAAAUUUUUAAAAACUUAACACUCGAGCAAGAUCUCCCCUGUUGAAUGUAGUGCGG